AUGGCAGAAGAGAUACCAAAUCCAGAAGCAGCUCCCUUCAAGGAAGUCACGUCCGAGCAUGUGAUUAACUUCUUCACCCAUAAUAUUAUCUACAGAUUUGGUGUACCUCGUCAUGUAAUUUCAGACAACGGCACAGCAUUCAAGAGCACCAAAAUAUUCAAAUUCGUCGAACGACACAAGAUCUAUUGGAGAUAUUCAUCGAUAUAUAAUCCAAGGGCUAAUGGCUUGGCAGAGGCCUUUAACAAGACGCUGGUGAAACUGUUAAAGAAGAUCCUCACCAAAAAUAAAAGAGAGUGGCACACUAAAAUGGUGGAGGCAUUAUGGGCGUAUCGUACUACUUAUAAAACGUUGACUAAAACCACCCCCUACUCACUAAUGUUCGGGGUUGAAGCUGUACUACCAUUGGAAAUCGAACUGCCAUCACUUCGCGUGGCUAUUCAGUACGAUCUAACUCAGGAGCAAAAUGCUCGACUGAGAACGGAAGAACUCGAUGCGCUUGAUGAAGUCAGACUACUAGCUCAACAGAACUUAGAGAUCUAUCGGGCAAGGAUGACGAAGUCAUUUGAUCGGAUGGAAGGCUCGUUCGUCAUUGAGAAGGUGUACCUAGGAGGAACUUAUCAAUUGAUUGACCUGGAGGGUCAAAGGCCUAUGCCCCCAAUUAAUGGCCGAUACUUAAAGAACGGUCUCGGCAUCCACCAUCGCCUGGUGCAAAGUAUGGUGGCAAUGCUACUCCCUCCUAGUGAGACGAUCACGCUGACUAUGCCUCACCUCUACAUCAGUCUUUUUGGACAUCGCCUCCUUGAUGUCCCUCCAGAGACCCCUCACGCGAGCUGUAAUAUCUGUUAUCUCAGCACCCAUCUUCGAAGAACUCUCACCGUGUCGCCUCAGUGCCGCUGCACUCCUGUCGAACUAGUCAUGGGCGACAUCAGCUGCCGCCCGUCAUCAGAAAAGUCUAUGCUCUAG